AUGAAAACAAACUCAAAUCGCUCAAGGAGAAAUCAUGUUUCGCGUUCUUUGAGAGCGCCAAAUGGAUUUUCGUUUUAUUUCAAGUUUAUAAAAAACUAUUUGAAAAAUGAUUAUCCAAACCACUCUCCUCAAAAAAGGAUGAAGGUAGCAUCAGAAAAAUGGAAUGCACUUACUGAUACUGAAAAGAAUCAGUAUAAAAAGUUCGCAAACGAUGAUCGGGUUUUAAAGCAAAACCCGGAUCUAACUGUUGUACAGGCUUCCAAUAUCGACGAGCCGGGUAACAAUAAAUCGUUAGUAAUGAUUUUUUCGGAUCUAAGCUCACAUCCAGUAGCGAGCGAUUUGAGUUCCGAAGAAUUCUUCGAUUAUGACAAAUACUAUAAGGAUUAA